AUGCCACAAGAACGUCAGGAUGCAACCCCAGAGUCUCCUACACAGGAGCGAAGACAGUCAGAUAUCACCGCAGAAAACUCAAGAGUGAGACCCAACAUGUCAGCAACGAGUUCACGUCGCUCUAGCCAUGAAGACCACAGACUAAGGAAGCUCGAGAAACUAAUCCUCGCCCAGAAAGAUGAGCAAAUGAAGAAAGACGCAGCUGCGGCAUCAGCAGCUGAAGCGAUACGCAUUCGAGAUGAGAAAGAAUACGAAAGGUUCCAAGUCAUACAAAAGGCGCAACAAGAGACAGAAGCCAAAGCAGCGAUUGAGCUUGCGCUGAAGACAAGUGCACCGAUGAUGUUUCAGGAUCCUAUCGGCCGAAAGUUCUCAUGCCCCUGGCAUCUGUGUCACACCUGGGAGGGAAUGCAGGAAUUCAUUGCAAAGAUCGGCUCCGGCGUAGCUAUUAUUUCAGAGCUAGUGAGAAACGGAGAGUAUGAUCUGUUGAAAGACAUCGAUCUGGUCAUUCCACCGCAUCUCUGGGAAAGUAUGGUAUUUCCAGGAUCAUUAGUAACGAUGCGCGCUAGGAACUUGGCUUCGCCUCCGAUUGACAAGAAGGCUUCGUGGCUUCGGCGAUCGAUUGGGAAGGGGAGUGGCUAG